CACACGCACGAACGCGUGAACGCCGAGCCGCAGAGAGAGAGAGAGAGCGCGCGCGCGUUCUAACCAGAAGUGGCAGAACGCAUGAGUGGCGGGAAAAAGAAUGCCCAUCUCGUGACUAAUAACGAAUGGACUGGCGAGCUUUCUAUUCCUAAUACGACACGAGCAGACUGUUUUUGGUGUCAUGGGUGGCUGCGGCGUGCUCCCUCCCCGGGAGUGUUUCCCUCUCGGUGCUGCUACGGCUGCUGGAAAUGGCGCUGUGAUGCUCAACAAGGAAGACGCAGUUGAAGCCGAUGCCAGGGAGUAGACGGAGAAGGCGGAGAGUUUAAAUUAUUAGUAGUAGUACCUGCGCUUGUAUUUUGGUGCGGAUUUUUGUGUUUUAAAAAAAGCGCUGAACCAAGCCAUGGUGAAUUACCAGAAAUACAUAACUGUAAUGCAGCUGGCUCUAGGGGUGACAGCCUACAACAGAGAUCGUAGCCUGCCUCCGAGAAAACAUAUGUGGGUCUUCCCCAAACACGACAAAGACAAAUACGGACCUGCAGUUUACUAUCCCAAGGUUCACGGCUUCAUCCACACCCCAGAACUCUCUCUUUUGGAAGAAUCGGAGGGGUCGGUGCAUGGCAAACCAUCCCUGCGCAGAAUCAAGGGCCGAAUUCACCGCAGCAAAAGCCUGGACAGCAUCGACCUACUGGACUCAAACAGUGCAGCAAUGGAGGAGACGGUAAUAUGGGAACAACACACUGUAACUCUACACAGGGCACCAGGGUUUGGCUUUGGGAUCGCUAUCUCAGGUGGCAGGGACAACCCUCACUUUCAGAGCGGGGAAACAUCCAUCGUCAUAUCUGAUGUGCUGAAAGGAGGCCCAGCUGAGGGCUUGCUGCAGGAGAAUGACAGAGUGGUGAUGGUCAAUGCAGUCUCCAUGGAUAAUGUGGAUCACGCAUAUGCAGUGCAGCAGCUAAGGAAAAGUGGGAAGAAUGCAAAAAUAACCAUCAGGAGAAAAAGGAAGGUACAGGUCCCCAUGGGCCGACUGGGCGAGCGCGAGACUAUGUCUGAGCAUGACGAGGAUGAUGACAGCUACGAGGACGAGAUCUACGAGUCACGGAGCGCACGGAGCGGGACCAGUGCAUAUAGCGGGGGUGGGGCCACAGGCCGGAGGAGCAGCAGGGGCGACCGGCUGAGCGGGAGGAGGGACCGGGACAGAGAGCGCAGCGGCUCCAGAGAGAGGAGUCUAUCCCCACGCUCGGACCGCCACUCUGUGUCCUCCAACCUUCCCCCACGCCCAGCCAAGGUCACCCUCAUCAAGUCCCGCAAAAAUGAAGCAGAAUAUGGGCUUCGCCUGGCCAGCCACAUCUUCGUAAAGGACAUUUCCCCCGAGAGCCUGGCGGCCCGAGAUGGAAACAUACAGGAGGGAGACGUAGUGCUCAAGAUUAAUGGCACAGUGACGGAGAACCUGUCCCUGAUCGAUGCUAAGAAGCUCAUCGAGAGGUCAAAGGGCAAGCUGAAGAUGGUGGUGCAGAGGGACGAGAGGGCGACCCUGCUCCAUAUCCCCGACUUGGACGACAGCAUACCAUCAGCCAAUGCCUCUGAUAGAGAUGAUAUUUCAGACAUCCACUCCGUGGCCUCCGAUCAUUCCAACCGAUCCCAUGACCGGAAAAGGAGCAGUCGCUCGCGAUCUCCGGACCGCCGGUCAGAGCCCUCGGAAAACUCCAGACACUCUCCGCCACAGAUCAGCAAUGGCAGCCACAGAAGUCGUGAGGAGGAGAGGAUCUUGAAGGCUGGGCCACUCCCCCUACCUGCUAAGAUGGUGGAGGAAUCUCCCAAAGAGCAGACCGCUGUCAGAGAAGAGAAACAGCUACCCCCUCUGCCAGAGCCCAAGCCAGUAUACGCCCAACCCGGCCAGCCUGAUGUGGACCUGCCCGUAAGUCCAGCGGACGCCCCUGUGCCAAGUGUCACCCACGACGACAGUAUCUUACGGCCGAGCAUGAAACUGGUGAAGUUUAAGAAGGGCGAGAGUGUUGGGUUGAGACUCGCGGGCGGUAAUGAUGUUGGUAUAUUUGUGGCGGGUGUUCUGGAGGACAGUCCUGCUGCUAAAGAGGGCCUGGAGGAGGGAGACCAGAUUCUCAGGGUAAACAAUGUGGACUUUGCAAACAUCAUCCGUGAGGAGGCAGUGCUGUUUCUGCUGGACCUGCCCAAAGGAGAGGAGGUCACCAUACUGGCUCAGAAGAAGAAAGAUGUAUACCGGCGCAUUGUUGAGUCCGACGUGGGUGACUCAUUCUACAUCAGGACCCAUUUUGAAUAUGAGAAGGAGUCGCCGUAUGGUUUGAGCUUCAAUAAGGGCGAGGUUUUCCGAGUGGUUGAUACCCUUUACAAUGGCAAGCUGGGCUCCUGGCUCGCCAUCCGCAUCGGCAAGAACCACCAGGAAGUGGAGCGGGGCAUCAUCCCGAAUAAGAACAGGGCUGAGCAGCUGUCGAGUGUACAGUACACUCUCCCUAAGACCCCAGGAGGAGAUCGGGCUGAUUUCUGGAGGUUCCGUGGCCUGCGGAGCUCAAAACGAAACCUGAGGAAGAGCAGAGAGGAUCUUUCAGCUCAGCCCGUCCAAACCAAGUUUCCAGCUUAUGAGAGAGUGGUGCUUAGAGAAGCUGGUUUCCUGAGACCUGUGGUCAUUUUCGGACCCAUUGCGGACGUGGCAAGAGAGAAACUAUCCAGAGAGGAGGUGGACCUAUUUGAACUUGCGAAGAGUGAACCCAGAGAUGCCGGCACAGACCAGCGCAGUUCUGGAAUCAUCCGUCUCCAUACCAUUAAACAGAUCAUUGACCGAGACAAACAUGCAGUGCUGGACAUCACCCCUAACGCAGUGGAUCGGCUGAACUAUGCUCAGUGGUAUCCCAUCGUGGUGUUCCUGAAUCCGGACAGCAAGCAGGGCGUGAAGAACAUGAGGACCAGACUCUGUUCUGAGUCCAGGAAGAGUGCCAGAAAGCUGUACGAGCGCGCUCUCAAACUGAGAAAGAACAACCAUCACCUCUUCACCACCACCAUUAACUUGAACAACAUGAAUGAUGGUUGGUACGGUGCUUUGAAAGAGAAUAUCCAGCAGCAGCAGAAUCAGUUAGUUUGGGUCUCAGAGGGCAAGGCAGACGGUGCUCCUGACGAUGACCUUGACAUCCACGACGACCGCCUCUCCUACCUCUCGGCACCAGGCAGCGAGUACAGCAUGUACAGCACCGACAGCCGCCACACUUCAGACUACGAAGACACUGAUACGGAAGGCGGGGCCUACACCGACCAGGAGCUGGACGAGACCAUGAACGAUGAGGUAGGCCUGCCUAGUGAGCCGGCCAUCACGCGCUCGUCAGAGCCCGUGCGAGAGGACCCGCCCGUCAUUCAGGACGCAGCCGGGUACCCAGGCUACCAGCAUGCCGUGCCACAACCAGAGCCAGUUAACCGCAUUGACCCAGCCGGAUUUAAGAUGGCAGCGCCCCAGCAGCAAACUGAGGCCACACUGGCCUCUCCACCCCCUCCCUCUGCAGUGGCAGCAUCGCCCCCUACUGUCGAACCCACCGCGCCACUAGCGGGUACGAACCCCGAGGAGCCACCUGGCACCCCUCAGGCCGACUCCCUUAACAGCCCUGUCCCCGUUCCCGACCCCCAGCCCGAACCCGAGCUCGCUCAGCCCCCAACACACGAACCCCACCUGCCGAUUCCUCCUGGCCCAGAUCCAAAGAUGUAUAAAAAGGAUCUAUACAGCAUGGAUGAGCAAGUCCGAGUGAACCACGGCGUGAAGCCCACCCCUCCCCAGCAGCAGCAGCCUUUAGGCCCCCCCACCUCUCUAUCAUACAGCCACCAGCCUGUCUACCAGGACCAACAGCCAUACCGCCAGUACGACCACCCGCCUUACGGCUACGAUGGUGGCGGCUACUCUCAACCAAAGCCUCACAACUGCGACCUGCACCUGCACUACGACAACCGUGUGCCUCACUACAAUGAGCAGUGGAACCCUUACGACCAGCAGCAGACUUCACCGCAACCGCUGCCCAUGUCCGGCUACCAUCAGGGCCCCCAGCCUCCUCCCCAUCUGGGGUACGAACCCCGCUCUCCGUACGAGGAUGGCCCCACCAGGGAUUUCAGUCCCCUUCAGUCCCACCACGAUGGGGCGCCCCCUAUGGGCUACGACAACCGGCCACGGCACCCUAAACCCGCACCGGUGCGCUACGACGAGCCGUCUCCUCCACCCCCUCCCACAACCUCCUACGAUGCUCGCUCGCCUUUCGAACCCGAGCUGCAUGGUUUCCCAGGCAACGCGCAUCGCUUGCCAGAUCCACCAAAGCAGUAUUACAGCGAUGCUGCAAUGAGACCCUCAUACAACCAUGGACCCUUGAACCAGGCGUACAAACCUGCCCAGCACGAACCCAUAGUGAACUCAGAACCUCCCGUUCCACCACCCAAACCAGAAGCGGUCUUGUCUCUAGGGGAACAGUCUCACCCAGCAGCACCCAAACCUUUGCUACCUCCCCCCAGAGAUGAUAAUGAUGACCCCGCAAUGAAGCCCCAGUCUGUGCUAAACAGGGUCAAGAUGUUUGAGAACAAGCGCUCCGUGUCUGUAGACCGAGCCAAGGACACUGGGGACAUAACCGGUGUCAGGCCCACGGAUCUUCCCAAACCUGUGAGCACUCCAGGCCCUGUGUUCAAAGCCAACUCUCUUAGCAACCUGGAGCAGGAGAAACCCUCUUACAGAGCCCCGGAGCCCCAGAAACCUCAGAUACGUGUAGGGGAUGAUGUGAUCCGCUCCAACCACUAUGAUCCGGAGGAAGAUGAGGAAUACUACAGGAAACAGCUGUCUUACUUUGACCGUCGCAGUUUUGACAACAAGGCCAUUAAUCAACCCAACCCUGGAAUCAACCGCUUCAUUGAGCCCCCCAAACCAUCACAGCCCCAGAUAGCAUACCCUUUCACCAGGACGGAGUCUUCAGAGAAGGUGAGCCCUGUGGACAAGAGAUACGAGCCUUUGCCACCCGUCAACCCGUCACCUGCUCCAUAUAGCCAGGGCACCCCUGCUGCUCCACCCGCAUCCCUGCCCAAACUCACCAACAUAGAUGUGAAUUCAGUGCCAGAUCCUCACAGUUCUCCCAAAGCCAAACCGGACCUGUCCACUCUCAGAGCUCCCGCUCGGGACGACCCCAUCCAGACCAGCUACCUGCCCCCGAAGUCUUCUGUCAACGGCACUGACGCUCCUCCCAAAACACUUGCUGUCCCUACCAGCUACAACCGCUACGUCCCCAAGCCUUACACGAGCACCGCCCGACCCUUCGAGCGCAAGUUCGAGAGCCCCAAAUUCAACCACAACCUGCUUCCCAAUGACACGCAGUCCAAGCCCAGUGUGAACAACAACCUGAAACCUCAGAUCUCACCGCAACCCCUGGACACUGACAGCGGAGUGGACACUUUCACACGCACCAUGGACAACAGGCCCAAAUAUCAGCACAACAACAUUAACGCCAUUCCCAAGGCCAUACCCGUCAGCCCUAGUGCACUGGAUGACGAUGACGAAGAUGAAGGUCACACGGUGGUUGCCACAGCGCGAGGCAUCUUUAAUUGUAAUGGUGGGGUGUUGAGCUCCAUAGAGACCGGAGUCAGCAUCAUCAUUCCUCAAGGAGCCAUCCCAGAUAGUGUGGAGCAAGAGAUCUACUUCAAAGUGUGCAGGGACAACAGCAUUCUGCCACCUCUGGACAAAGAGAAAGGUGAAACUCUGCUCAGUCCCCUGGUGAUGUGCGGCCCUCACGGUCUGAAAUUCCUGAAGCCCGUGGAACUGCGUCUCCCACACUGUGCGUCUAUGACACCUGAUGGUUGGUCUUUUGCUCUAAAAUCCUCCGACUCCUCGUCGGGUGACCCCAAAUGCUGGCAAAACAAGUGUCUACCAGGGGACCCCAAUUACCUGGUGGGCGCAAACUGUGUCUCUGUGCUGAUCGACCACUUCUGAAGAGCGCAACAGCUGGUCUGUUACUGAACGGGAAUGUUUGGACUGAGGACGCGAGGAAGACCCCCCCCCCCCCUUCUCCCAGUACUACUACUCAGGGGGAGGGAUUUGCACCACUUUAUGAAGUAUUAAUUAUUUCCCCUUUGACGGGGCCGAAUAUAUCUUGGAGGACAAGGAUAGUGCUGAUAGCACAGUGCUGUGGAGCUUUUCCUUUUAUUUUCCAUUUGUUUUUGCCUUUUUCUUUACCUUUUGGUGCUUGAAGACUUGCAAAAAAAAUUCUGAAUAAAUGAAUUACUGAAGAAAUCGAACUGUUAACAGAAUGCAUGACCUGUGCCACAAACAAUCCCAUUUUUGACAUUUGUAGCCUCUUUUUCUCCAGAUAAUUAGAGAAGUCUUGAGCGGAACCGGAAAAAAGAAAUGAAAAAUUUAGUAAUUAGUUUCUACGUAUUUGAAGUGAAUCCUACUAUUGUGCUCACAAACAGAAAAGUGGAUGUAUGUAGAACGUUUUUGUUUGUGAAGUCCACGGUCAUUUGGUUUCCAUGGAAUGCUGUUACGGAUCUUUUGCAGAUCUAGAAAAAAUACACAAGUUAGGUCUGGGAAAUGAAGAACAAUUGCGACGUUGUGAUGUGAAGGACUGCUUCUUGCUGUUGAAAUAUGACUGUUGCACUCACUUGCUGUAGGACUUCCCUUUCUGGCGAAAACAAAAAAUGGGCUCUCUCUCUCUCUCUACACGUUUUGAAGCGAUCUUUUCUAGUGAUGUUUUACCGUAGAUCCCAUAACUGACUGGUUUUCACGAAACUCCUGCUGUCUAGAGAUCUAUGCAUGUGCUAUGACUCAGGUCCAAACGCCUGCUACUAAGUUGAGUACUCAGACCUACCCAUCAUACACUGCAAGCAGUGAUGCCUUAUCUGCAUUUUUUUUUUUUUCUCGUUAUUUUGACCCAAAAGACUAGCAAACAUCGAAUUUCUGUUACAGAAGUUACGUGUCGGAUCUGAAAUUUCCGCACCAUAAUGAAGUCGGUUAACUGGGAUAUUUAACACACAAAUAAAUACGUCUGAUCAACA